CCCUGGUGGCCAUCUGAGGAACUGCCUGUGACUAUUGAUAACACCACUAUCACCUGAGCUCUCUGGCCCUCAUGUUCACUUGGUACAAAUGUGUGUUUUCUCUUGUCAAGCUCUGAUAAGAGCAGUGCAGGGCCCACCUGCUUCGAGUUGGUUACUGAAACCCCUGAGACUUCACUCAAUCUUUCCACAGCGGAAAAUGUCACUUGACAGUGGAGUGUCUGGCAUGCGAGCCUCUUAUAGAGGUCGUCAAGAUGUGUUUACGGAGGAUGACUUGGCUUUCAAGGAACCAAUAGGUCAGUUCAAAGAAUGGUUUGAUGAAGCCAGAAAUAAUCCUCAAAUUUUGGAGGCUAAUGCAAUGUGCUUGGCUACAUCAAGCAAGGAUGGAAAUCCUUCUGCAAGAUAUGUUCUUCUUAAAGGGUUUGGCCCUGAUGGAUUUAAAUUUUUCACCAAUUAUGAGAGCAGGAAGGGGAAAGAACUUGAUGAAAACCCAAAAGCUGCGCUGACAUUUUAUUGGGAUGUGCUGCGUAGAUCAAUUAGAAUAGAAGGAAAAGUCUCGCGCUUGUCAGAGGAGGAAUCGGAUGACUACUUCCACUCUCGGCCAAGAGAAAGUCAGAUUGGUGCUUGUGCCAGCAAUCAGAGUACACCUAUUUCUGGACGUGAUGUAUUGACUUCCAUGGAGCAGGAACUUACAGCAAAAUACUCUGACCAUGUUAUUCCUCGUCCUAGUCAUUGGGGUGGUUAUAUUCUGAUUCCACACAGUGUUGAGUUUUGGCAAGGUCAGAGUACCAGGCUGCAUGAUAGAAUCCGUUUUCGGUUACCUAAGAGCUCAGAGAAACCUGAUGGAAGGCUGCUGCAUCAAGGUGACAAUGGCUGGGUGUAUGAGAGACUAGCUCCAUGAAGCGUUUGUGGGAUGGAUGUUUCACACCACACGUCACUGUUGGGUGUGAUGUUGUUUCUAGUUGAAUUGUUACGCUUAAGAAUGUAAAUGUCUUCCAUUUGUCUUUAAGUUACAAUUUUUUUUAUUUUUUGAAAAUACUUCAAUUACACAUUAAAUGAACUAAAUCCAA